GUCACUCCUAUGUUCCCAACCCUGCCCGCAAAGAACUGUCAAUUUUAAUUAAAGAAAAACAUUUUUUUAUUUAUUAUUAAAAGUGUCACUGCAAAACAAAACUGAAUUAAUAAUUGAAAAUAAAUAAUUUAUCGAAAAUUUUCACAAUUACCAUUAAUAUUUUUUUUAGUACAAAAUUCCAAUAGUACUUUUAAAAAACGAUUGGAUUGUAAGAAAACAAAUGCCAUUAUAUAAUCGCCAAAAGGAAUCUUAGUAUAAAAGAAAGUAAUUAGGAUUUAAAUACAAAAUAUUAUUUUAACUAAUUCAGUAAAUACAGCCCUGGAAAAAAGAAAAACUUUUGUCGUGUACAUAAAAACACGGAAGUCGAACACUUAAUUGUGUGUGAUUUUUUUUCUUUCAUUCCACGUGUGACGAAUGGAAACUUAAUUAACUUAAUUAAUCAAAGAAAAGUUGCCAAUUUUUUUUCUCGUGUCCAUUAAAAUUUUCUAUGGUAAAAUAUCGAAACUAGUGUUAAUUUUCUUAUAAUUCUCCAAAUUCAAACUAUAUAACUCAUAUAGAAUUUCACGAUUGUAUUUGUGUUUGUGUGAGUGCGUUUCUAUCUUCAGCCAAUGGCGAGACGACAAAUAUGUUUUUCCGUGAUGUCGCAUUAUGUAUAUAUAAAAUACAUUGAGAGACUUAUUACUUUGAUAAGAUCAAAUUAGAGGAUAUAACGUCAAGACAAUUGUAUAAAAAAAAAUUAACAAUUUUUCGAACAGUAUUUUUUGUUUGUUUCAGUGAAAGAAAUUGCAAUUAUCACUCGUGAGUUUUAUUGUCAAAAUUUUCCAAGCUGUCAAACGAUUUUCGUUAUUAUUUUUUUAUUCGUAAGUGUAAAAAAGAAACGACAAGAAGUGAAUUAAUAUUUAUUAGCCUCGGUUUUCUUAUCGACUUUUUCCUGCUUUUAUACACGUAAUUGGUUUUAAAUUUGUUUCCUUCUCUGUAAAAAUACACAAACUCUUCAAAAAUGGAAACUGCUGGUGUUCGAUUAAUAAUAAAGGCUCCGAAUCAACAAAUUGAGGAUCAAAUUGUCAUUUGCGAACUUGGUUGGACAAUUAGGAAACUCAAGGAUUAUCUAGCCGAAGUUUAUCCAAGUAAACCCGAAACGAAAGACCAGAAAUUAAUAUAUUCGGGACAACUUUUAAACGAUUCGGCAUGUUUAAAAGAUGUUUUGCGACAUUACGAGGACACUGAGGAUCAACCAUUCACUGUGCAUUUAGUUUGUCCAACUGAUAAAAUGGGCGUAAAUGAAAAUAAAUUGGAUAAAUCAAAUGAAAGUAAUAAUAAUAAUAAAAAAAAUACAUUAAAUACUGAACGUAAUGCGGAACAAAAUCGCUUUGAUUCGAUUGGCGGUCAGGGAACAGUGAAUACACAACCAACUGCUCAAACAUUUCCAAUACAAUCAUUUUAUGGACAAUUAAAUAGUCAACAAAUUGCCUGGAUGCAACAAGCGUACACACAUUAUUUAACGCAGUACAUGCAAUUAAUGGCUGCUCAAGGUGUUCAAGUGCCAAACAGUAUACAAUAUGUUCAAAGAAUGAAUCUAAAUGCAAAUAAUUUAGGUAAUAAUAAUAAUGCUAAUGGAAAUAAUGUUAAUCAAAAUGAAGAAGUUGAACAGCCAAGGCAACAGCAACAACAACAACAACAGCAACAAGAUGGUGUCGAUGCGGCAGGUGGCGAUGAUGCUGCAGCAGCAGUGAAUCGAGAUUGGCUCGAUUUCUUCUAUAUGCUCUCGAGGAUAGUUGUUUUAUUGAGCAUCGUCUAUUUUUACUCAUCGCCAAUAAGAUUUCUCAUUGUUGCCUUUCUUGGACUUGCCAUGUAUCUAUACUCGAGCGGAUUCUUUCGAGUGCAGCCAGUUCUCCUGCCUGAGAAUAAUAACGCACGGCCUGAGGAAAAUAAUCCACGACCGGAAAAUAAUAAUGCACAAAAUGAUGAGCAAAUUGGUGUUCAACAAGAGGGUGGUGGCAAUCAAGAGACUAAUAGAACCGUACCCGAUGAGAGAAUAAAUCCAAAUGAAGAAAAUGAAACCGAAAGACCCGGUGCUUUAGCAUUUACAUGGUCAUUUUUCAGUUCAUUUUUUGCGUCCCUAAUUCCGGAUCAACCAAAUGUUCUCUAAUUUUUCUUCAUUAAAAAAGAGAGAAUGUGAAAUCAUCAUUAUUUCCUAUUAUUUUUCUUUUUAGAAAAAUUUCAGAAUUCACUAUAGAAAAAAGAAAAAAAAACAAUUUCCAAAUAGAUGCCAUUUUUGUAAGACUAUCAAGACUCAAAUCGAAAUGAAUGGAUGGAAAAAAGAGAAGAUAUUAUUUAUGCAGGAUAAUAAUCGAAAUUCUUCUUUUUUUUGAGGUGAGUCAUUUUCCUAUAUUGUAUAUAAGAAUAUUUAGAAAAAAAGAUGUAUAUUUUUAAACUUAAAUACUGUCCAAUGUGCGUUGUUAUUAUGUUUAAAUUAUAAAAUAACUCCUAAAUUACAAUACUAGAUUUUUAAACUGAAAACCUUGUAAUGAAAAUAGAAAUUUGAAAGAUUAAUUUUCAAUUUAAAAAUUGAUAUUUGUAAUUUAUGGAAAUUUGAUAAUACGAGAGGAUAUUAAAUAUGAAAGAAAAUAAUACAAUAUAAAAUUCAUUAGAAUUAUAAAAAAAUACUAUAUGAAGAUUAAGUAAUGAAAUUAAUGUCGAUUAUUAGUAUUGUGAAAUUUAUUAAAUGCAAAGUAAUUUUUAUAAAAAACAUUUUUCCUUAUGUUACAUUCAAAGAAUUGAUUAGAGUAUUACGAAUAUAAUUCAGUAACUUAUGUGUCGUAAAUUUGAUUCUAUUUUUUUAAUUUCUAGUUGUAAUUUAUGCGAAAGAUUGUGUAUGUGUGUUUCGUUUUUAUUUAUAGAACAGGAAAAAAAAAUUACAUGCACAUUUUGAAUUGUUGAUGAAUAAUUCAUCGAAAGACAAAAAAAAAGUUUAUUAUUUUGUCUAUUAAGAAGACACUAAAAUAGAAGAGAAAAAAAAACAUAAAACAACGACGCGAAAUAAAAAGCUGUGCUUGUAAAUAAAUUUUAACUAUUAAGUUUAGUUUUUUGGAUCACUUCGUGAUUGUCUUUUUUAAUAGUGAGGCUAAUUACCAAACAUUGAUACUGACACAUAUUAAUUGUGCUAUACCGUGGUGUAUUGAACCUUGUGAUUUGUAUCGUAAUGUAAUUAAUAGCGGGCUUUGUAAAGAAAAAAAAAUAAUAAUAAUUGACUUUUAUUCGUA